GGGGCUCCCAAGAGGGAGCCCAGCCUUGGGCAGGGCUGCCAGUCAGGAGAACAGGGCAGGCUGGACUGUCCCUCCUGCUUGCACAGCUCCUGGAAGGGUCACAGAUCCCCCCACGGAGGAGUCUGUCUGCAGUUUGUAGUCCAACAAUGACUUGUGGGCCAGUGUUCAUUAAAAUCAGCUUUAACAAUCCUGUGAAACAUGGCUCUGCAUGUUCUUUCUCAGACUGUUUCUCUCUGUCUGCUUCGUGCCUUGAUUAUGCAACUUGCUGAGGUAAAAAGCCCAACACUCAAACAUUUUUCUCUUUUCCUUGAUGCCAACCAUUCCAGUUGCAUCCAUCUGUCUGACUCUGUCCCUCACCUUUAUGCAGUGACUCCAGGGAUGAAGAUUUAUAUCGAUCCUUUCACCUAUGAAGAUCCCAAUGAGGCUGUCAGGGAAUUUGCAAAAGAAAUCGAUAUCUCUUGUGUCAAAAUCGAGCAGGUGAUUGGGGCAGGGGAGUUUGGCGAGGUGUGCAGCGGGCAUCUCAAGCUUCCAGGCAAAAGAGAGAUCUUUGUGGCCAUCAAGACCCUCAAAUCUGGCUACACAGAGAAGCAGAGGCGGGACUUCCUGAGUGAGGCCAGCAUCAUGGGGCAGUUUGACCACCCCAACGUCAUCCACCUGGAGGGGGUGGUCACCAAAAGCUCUCCAGUCAUGAUCAUCACUGAGUUCAUGGAGAACGGCUCACUGGACUCCUUCCUGCGGGUAUGAGAUCUGGGAGGGUGCAG